AUGCUUUUCAAAUUUACGCUUUGUUUAUUUACUUCCAUAGUAAAUAAAGAGUUUGUAUGUGAUAUUGAUAAGUUUUCAUAUCUAGUCGCCCCACUUACUCAAUACGCACCAAUUCAUGAAAAUUCCUUUGAUUUUAUUGACUGGUAUGAAGUUGAGAAAGCAAUAACACACAAACAUUUAAAAGUUGAACUGGAUGAUAUGUCAAAGUUGGAGGAUGCCGUUAUAAUCGAUUACUCUGAUAAUCUAAGACGUUAUUUUGUACAAUCAAUCUGUUAUGAUCUAAACCCAUUAUCACCAAUACCACAAGGAACGGCCAUAAGAGAAAAGGGUUGUCAAAAUUUUGUUAAAAAAAUUUCAAGAGUCAUGAAUUUCUUACAACCCAUACCCGGUGCACUUCCUAUAUUAAAAGGAAGAACAGCAACAUACGUAAUACCAGAAUUUUGCAAAGAAUAUUCGAUCAAAGCUUCAGUGUUUAGGUCUGUGCUUUUAUUACCAUCCAUAUUUACAAGGUUGGAUUCACAACUUUUGGCAUUAGAAUUAAAGCAUAGAUUGGAUCUACCUAUUGAUGAUGAAUAUAUGCUAUCGGCAUUAACUACACCAUCCGCAAAUAUGGAAAUGAAUUAUGAACGCCUCAAGACUCUUGGUGAUUCAUUUUUAAAAUUUUGCGUAACUGUUAGAUUAUAUGUUUCAUUUCCUGAAAAACAUGAAGGUCAACUUCAUAAUCAACCAUGGAGACCUGCAAAUAUGAUAACCAUUACUGAUGACCCAGAAAAUUCAAAAAAAAAUAAAGUUCAUGAUUUAGCAGAUAAAACACUUGCUGAUGUGGUAGAAGCCCUUUUAGGAGCAGCAUAUUUGACUGGGGAGGAACAAGCAGGACUGGGGCAUUGGAAGUUCCAUUUGAUGAUAUUACUAAAUGGGAACAAUUUUAAGAGGAUUGAGGAAAUUUGUGGUUACACUUUUAAUCAUAAGCACUUAAUUGCUGAAGCACUCACACAUGCCAGUUUACCCAAUUCUACAACUUCAUGUUAUCAUCGUCUUGAAUUUCUAGGAAAUGCUAUAUUAGAUUUCUUGACAGUAAAGUAUUUAUAUGAAAAAUAUCCAGAUAGUCCACUGGGAAUAAUUACAGACCUAAAAAAUGCAUCGGUUAAUAAGCAAAUUCUUGGGGCCAUUUGUGAAGUAGUUGGACUCCAAAAACAUAUCAUUCAUUUUUCAGCAAAAUUAUUAAGUGCCAUUACAAAUUUUUCAUCUAUAGUUGAAGAUAUGAGAGAAAAAAAUGAAGAUCAUGGUGAAUAUUGGAGCGACUUGGAAGUUCCCAAGGUUAUGAGUGAUGUGAUAGAAAGUAUGCUAGGUGCUAUAUUUGUAGACUCAAUGUUUGAUCCUAAGGCUCCUCAAAAACUUUUUGAUUUAUGGAUCAAGCCAGUUUUGAGUAAACAUGUUACUCCUGAUACAUUGAAAGUACAUCCGGUGAAACAACUUACAGAAAUAAUACAAAAGCAUGGAUGUGCUCAAUUUUUGUUAAGGAAUAUUAUGACAGAAAACACAGAAAUGGAAAGUCAACAGUGUACAAUAUUUGUUCAUGAUACUGUAGUUGGACAUGCAAGCUCCAUGAGUAAUAUACAAGCAGCAAGAAAAUUGGCAGCACAAGUUGUUCUAGAAAAAAUUGAGAAAAAUGAGACGUACCUUGAUUCUGUAUGUAGUUGUUCAGCAUUUCCAAAAAAUGAUAAUAAACAAUAA